CAACCAUUACAAUGUGGGUACUGGCUGGGCCUUUCGACGGGGACACGAAGGAUGAAUUUCCGGAAUUCAAGAGGAAACUCCUCAAGCCCAACAACAAAUAUACAUUCGGUCGCAAGGAGAAGACAGAUCUUUGGGUGAAUUGCUCUCGCGUCAGCGCUGCGCACGCCGAGAUUUCUGUUGGCGCCUUCAAGGGGAAGUCUGUUAGCAACAUCAGCAGCAAGCCCGAUCUCUUCUUGCGCAGCAUCCGAGACAAAGGAAAAGCGGUCGUUGUUGACCGUGACGGAGAGAAGGUAUCCGUGGAACAGGGAACGAAGUUCGCUCUGCAGCCUGGAGAUAUCAUCCCUAUCAAAGGAAAGAACGAGAUUCGUAUCGAAUGGGAACCCCUAGCGUGUUAUUACGACAGUAAACUUAACCCGGAGAAGCCUCCUGUCGAAGACUGCUCGGCACUUGGGAUCCAUCUGGUGACCUCUACAACCGAACAAGAUGAUGCACCUACACAUUACAUAUCCCCCGAAUUGAGACCCUCGUCUUCUGCUGCGAUAGCCCUUGCCUCCGUCGCCGCUCUCGUAACUCCGGAAUGGUUGUUCGAAGUCAUACGACUUGGCAAGUUACCACGCAAAGCUUCGGGUGAGGAUCCCUCCCUUGAAUACACCUUCCGCCUGCCGUCCGCCAGCAACUACCGCCCACCUUAUGGGUCCUCCGUCUCUUCCGAUCUGAAGAACGAUCAUUUCUGGACACGGAAUGAAGCCAGACCCGUCUUGCUAUCCGGCUACAAGGCGCUAUGCGUAACGGAACGAGAACCAUCAAUUGCCAACCUUCGGACCGCCAUGCGCAAAGCCGGCGGUGAAUUUACAAGCUUUUUACUCGGCAAGGACGCGGGACGCGCCGAGCGAUUCCGGAAAAGCCUCUCGUCGCUGCAGAGCAAGGAAGCAGAGCACAAGCUCGUCAUAGCAGAUGUCGAGGACAUCAAAACUGCUAUUAGCGAAGAAGAAUGGGAUGAACUACACGCUGUCGCAGCUGAGUUCGCUUUUCCGAUGCACUCCUCCGUGGCCGUGAUUGAGGCCAUCAUAACCAUGAAUGCUUCAACUCUGGAUACGCUCGGUCUUACGCAGCAGGGAAGUUCUCUACCAGACGCGAUGGAGUCCUCUUUGCCGGACGUAGUGCCAAACACCCAUCCCGAUGAACCAUCGCUCUUGACCGAGACAUAUACUGCGUCUUCCCAGCCGCGCCGUAGACUAGUCCGUCGCGCCAACUCCCAGGAACCCACGGCGCCGCCUGCGCCACCUGCGGGAGGAACACAAGAGCCUGACCCCUCACCUCCACGGCCUAGAAGGACAUUAACAAGGAGGGCGAACGCGGUCCUUACCGGCUUGGAGGACGCCGAUGCGAUGGCGCAGACCGAUCCGUCUUCGGCGAAACCCAGCAGCGCGACAAUGCAGUCCGGGAGCCUCAUUCCCCCAACACCUGGCCGUUCCUCGCGAUUGAAGCGUCGUGCGAGGGCAGGAUCAGCAUCAGACGAUGAGAUCGGGAUGCUCUUCACCAUGCCAAAAGCGCCUGAAGACGAGCCGCCAUUGAAGAAGUUCAAGGACCUCUUCGAUGAGAGUGAUCCCAGCAAGGUCGCUGAUGCGCCCUACUUCGAAAGCGGGACGCGAGAGACCCAAUCACAGACGCAGCCGGGCUCGUCGGCGGCCAGCCAGGACACUCAAGUGAGAACCCGGCGCGUGCUAAAUGCCGUCCCAGAGGAGGAAGAGGAAGGAAUACAGACGCAGACGACCGGUCCAGGUGUUCUGGCAGGCGCGAAGCGCAAGGCUAGUGCCGUAGAGUCUGCGGCCAUUGAGGAAGAUGGUAGUCCUGCUGCGCCGCCGUCGCAGGUCAAGAAGUGCGCGGUCGAGGCUAACGCUAUCCGCCGCUCUCCCAGUGUCUCUGUGGCCUCCAAUCAAGCCCAAGUUCCGGGGCGAAGUCCCAAGAAGCCCGGCGCACCCGCCGGACGCCCCGAUACAGACGCUGCUUUCCUCAAGGCUCUGGCUUCCACGAAGCGCGGCAAACGUGCCGAGGACGAGUUCGACCGCGAGUUCAACAAUCUGCGCAUCUCCAAACCUGACCUCGAUGCGCGCCUCGAGGAGGAAGAGGUCGAGUGGAAGGUCCUCCAGGAUUUCGGCGACGAUGGAGAUCUUCGCGGGAACUUCAUGACUGUCGUCGAGAUAGACGUCUACGCGGACCGUGCGCCGUUCCUUCCAGUCCAGCAGCGCUCAGCCGAUCCGCGCUGGGCGGGGCGCCCGAACUUCAAGAAAUUCAAGAAAGUGACCCGUGAUGUUCAGCGCCCCAAGAUAGAGCUGGUGCCGACGACUGGGGAUGGCGAUGCAUGGGAGGCAUCACAGUCCCAAAACGAUGCCGACUUUACGUUCCCGUACGAGGAGAAGAAGCCGGCGCGGCGGGGAAAGGCGCCUGUAAAGAGGAGCCAACCGGAGGAGGUGCGCUAUGUCGAGAUCAGCGACGAUGACGAGGGCGAGGCGAAGAAGAUGGAGUCGGAUGAGGUCGAGGAGGCGCCUCAGCCUCCGCCCUCACGCGCUCGUUCAACCCGGUCCCGCAGCGCAUCUGUCCAGCCCGCGACGCGCUCGCAGUCACGAGCAGGCACACAGUCCUCUCGGGCGCCGCGCAAGGCGGCCAAUCAGGCUGCGCCUCUGUUCCUUCUGGACUCUGAUGAGGACGAGGACGAAGAUGGGUCCAUGACGUUGCCAUCGACGGCCGAAACACUACGCUCUCGGACGACUGCGAAGAGAAAGCGGGCGACCCAAGCCAGCGACUCGGACGGUGACGGGCCUGCGCGCCGCCCAGCUACCCGAACUCGGCGUCGUUGA